CACUGAGAGCAACAUUCAAGGGGUUGGAGAGCAACAUGUUGCUCACGAGCUACUGGUUGGGGAUCACUGCUAUAGAAGAACGUAGAAGGCAGAACAGGGUAACCCGGAUUUCAUUGUUUCAUUGGACAUCUGUUUAUUUCGGGCGCACUCUCAGUAUGUGUACUAUAAAGGUGCAGUGACUGGCAGCUUUCAAUCUCUAUGUGCCACUGACUAAAUGGUAUAAUAUGAGCUGACAGGUCAGGCAGCCUGUGCCGGUUGUACCAGGAGGACAUUGGGAAUUGUUUAGCUGCACUUGCAGAGCUGAGUCAGACUGGGGUCCCAUAUCCAGGCUCUAAAAAACACAGCGGCUCACAUAUCCGACAGAUCCAAAGUAAAAAUGCCACCAUUACCUGGUGCUGAGCUGGUACAUAGCCCUUUGCAACUCUACAGAUAUCUCCUUCGAUGUUGCAAGCUACUCCCUAGCAAAAGCCUUCAGCACUAUUACAGACACGCAGUGAAGCAGAGUUUCCGAGUUCAUGCAGAUGAAGAUGAUCCUGAGCGGAUACAGAAUAUUAUUAAGAGGGCCAUAGAAGAUGUUGAAUGGGUGCUAAAUAAAGUACGUUUCACAUAACUGAGAUCACUAAGUUAAAGUUUAUGAGCUGUAAAAUGGGGACCACAGGGGCUUUCCCAAGUUCACCCUGCUGUAGAGCAACUUUUUAUAGUUAAUUUGACUCAACUCAAUGCAGCAUGACAUCAACUUUUUUUCAUUGCAUGGAAUCGUGUUCCUGUGCAACAUGUUGAACUGUGCUAGUAGAGCUGGAAUUUAUCAAUAAAACUCACUUAAUCCACA